AUGGAUGACAUUUUCACCCGUCUAUUUACACUGGCUAGUUAUAUAAGUCGUCGAUUUAUUCAAGUUAUAGAGGAUCUUGCGGUCAGAGAUGCUGAUAGAUACUCAGAUGAUUUGCUGGUCAUUUCUGCUGGACAGCAUUUAAGAUCAUUGAGAAACGGCAUUUGUAAAUCAUUUGCUGAAGGUUGUUCAUCAUCUUCAAAACCUUGUAACCCUGAAACCUGUGAAAGAAGAUCCUCAGAGCCUACGGAAGAUACAAGAUCUGAAAUUGCAUCUCGAGUACAGAAAACAUUGCAAGGUUCAUCUGACAAUAUUGGAUGGUUGCCGGGCACUCCUGGCAUGCCUGGUGUGGAGGAUGGUACAGCACUUUAA